AUGGGGAGCACAUCUCCUGAGCUGAAAUAUGACAUCCACCAUCAAUGGCCAACGCCUCAUGCAAGCAAGACUUUGCAGUCGUGGAGCAAGCUCAACUCUCAUAUCAAAACUGGCACUGUCCAAAUUGAUGGCAAAACAUUAGAUGUGGCGGCUGUUGUUGCUGUUGCACGAAACGGUACACGCCUUGCUAUCUCCGACGACCCCAGCGUCAUCCAGCGCGUCGAAGCUAGUGUCGAGACCUUACAGAGCUAUCUCUCCAAGGGUUAUUACCUCUAUGGCGUCAACACCGGAUUUGGAGGCAGCGCCGACACACGAACAACGGACUUAUACGGGCUGCAGCGUGCUUUGAUGCAACACACUCAAAGCGCAGUAUUGACUCAAGAGGACAAAACCGACUCUCCCAGCCGCCAUGAGUAUCUUGAAUCCCACAGUAUGCCAAGCGCAUGGACCAGAGCUAUGACAGCUAUUCGCUGUAACGCCAAUAUUCGCGGCCACUCAGCUAUGACCCGCAACAUCGUUGACUCGAUGAUCAAGCUGUUAGAACACGAUAUCGUUCCGAUCGUGCCUUUGCGAGGCUCUAUCUCAGCUUCUGGAGAUUUGAUGCCCUUGUCAUAUCUCUCUGGAACUAUCCAAGGAAACCCGGAUAUCUACGUGCGCGUCGGAGGUCGCAAGGGCGCACCCCGUGUCAAAUCAGCGCAGCAAGCUCUCUACGAGGCUUCCAUUGAGCCCGUCAUCCUGGGACCUAAGGAGGGUUUGGCUUUGAUUAACGGAACUGCUGCUGCAACUGCGGUGGCUAGCUUGGGUCUCUACGAAGCCAAUCAGCUCGCGCUGGUCGCGCAACUGUUGACUGCACUCUUGUCUGAGGCCCUCUAUGCCAACAACGAGUGGGCUCAUCCCUUCGUCGCUGCAGCACGCCCACACCAAGGUCAGAUUGAGGCUGCUCAGAACAUCCGAACUUUCUUGAAAGGCUCAAGGCUGUCGUAUGGUCUAGAACAGACUAAGAACCGCUUCUCGGAGGGUCUGGCCCAAGAACGAUAUGCGCUGCGCAGUGCACCACAGUGGCUCUCGCCUCAGCUAGAGGAUCUCCUCAGUGCAGAGAAGCAGUUGGUGACUGAGCUCAACUCCACUUCCGAUAAUCCAGUUGUCAACAGUGAGGAUAAUGACAUCCACUCCGGUGCCAAUUUUCAGGCUGCGGCAGUAACAUCAGCCACCGAGAAGAUCCGUCUCGCGUUGCAGUCCAUUGGCCGAAUGCUUUUCAGCCAAGUCAGUGAGGUGAUCAACCACGACCUGAGCAAUGGCCUUCCACCUAACUUGGCCGCCGAUGAUCCUAGCCUCUCAUUCUGCCUGAAGGGUAUCGAUGUGAACACUGCCGCUUACACCUCGGAGCUGGGAUUUCUGGCCAACCCAGUCAGUAACCACGUGCAGUCGGCCGAGAUGCACAAUCAAGCCAUCAACUCGCUCGGUCUGGUCUCCGCACGCCAAACAAUGGCUGCCAUUGAGUGUCUCUCCUUGAUUGUCGCCAAUGCCCUGUACACAGGCUGCCAAGGUGUAGACCUCCGUACAUUACACCGUACCUUCCUUGCAGGCCUGGAGGAGCCCACCAGGCAAAUUGUCACCGGUCUCUUCCCUGACCAGCACGACCAAGUGGCCAGGGAAGAAUUCUUUACCAUAUUCUGGAAACAGUUCGCGAAAGACUGGUACAAUGCCGCCAUAUAUGACGCCGCUGAGCGUGCCGAGAGAGCAUCACAGUCGUUAGCCAUGGCUGUCUUUGCAAACAUCCAGCAAAUUCCCACCAUCGUGUCCGUGGAAACGGUCACAAACUUAACUAAGGCGUUCGAGACUCUGAUUCUAGAGUCUUAUCUGCGCCACCGCGAUGCCUUUUUCCAGCAGCCAACUACGGCCGAGUAUCUCGGUCAAGGCACAAAAGCUGUUUAUCUCUUCGUUCGCGAAAAGCUGCGUGUGCCGCUGCACCGAGGCCUCAUCGAGCAUCCCGUGGCUGGAGACAAGCAAGGCAAUGUAAUCGAUGGCCGUCCCAAGAGAACGAUUGGAUCCUGGGUAUCGAUCAUCUAUGAGGCCGUUCGAGAUGGAUCACUGUAUGCUGAAGUCUUCCAGUUUUUGGAAGCCAGUAGUAGCUUGAGUGUGUCGGCUGGAACAAAUGUAACAGAUGGGGCCAAUGGAGUGAAUGGGGCCAAUGGAGUGAAUGGGGCCAAUGGAGUGAAUGGGGCCAAUGCGACAAAGAUUGCGAAGGCUGCAAAUGGGUCGAAUGGGAACGACAUAAAUUGA